ACAGUGCCUGUCACUCACCGUUAAUGGGAAACCUCAGGUUAGGUAGCGCUGGUGUUCCGCCUCCUUCAAACUGCCAGCUGCUGUAGUUAGCAGCAGCACGGUAAAUGUUACUUUGAAUAUCCACUCAUUGAAUGAGAGUCAGGGGCAGGCUGUGGCCAGUAACUGCAUACACACUAAGGUUACCUUCUAGUGCGGCUUGUAGACGCUUGGCAGCACCGUGCCAGCAGAAAUACGGCUGAUACACCCGGACAAAAGACUUUAGAGACGGUUGUGGAAGGGAAAGGAGCAGGGGGAAGACUGCGCGGCGUGUGAAGCAAUGCAGCGGGUCACGGCGCAGCUCGUCGCCGGGCUGCUGGCAGCGGUGCUGUCUCUGCUGUCCGAGCAGAGCUGGGCGGACGGUGGGGGGCCCAGCCUCGCAGAGCGGGUUAUCUGGGCUGUAAAUGCCGGUGGAGACGCGCAUGUAGAUGUGCACGGUAUUCAUUUCAAGAAGGACCCACUGGAAGGGAAAAUUGGUAAAGCAUCUGAUUAUGGGGUGCGUCUGCCAAUUCUACGCUCCAGUCCUGAGGACCAGAUUCUCUACCAGACAGAGCGCUACAAUGAAGACACUUUCGGGUACGAUGUCCCCAUCCGUGACAAUGGAGACUAUAUACUAGUCAUGAAGUAUGCAGAGGUUUACUUCGCACAGUCACAGCAAAAGGUGUUUGAUGUCCGCGUAAAUGGCCACACAGUGGUGAAGGACCUGGACAUCUUUGACCGAGUGGGCCACAGUACUGCUCAUGAUGAGAUAGUGCCCUUCUCUAUAAAAAAAGGCAAGCUGAGCGUGCAAGGAGAGGUGUCCACCUUCAACGGCAAGCUCACUGUGGAGUUUGUAAAGGGUUAUUAUGACAACCCCAAGGUCUGUGCCCUCUAUGUAAUGAAGGGGACUUUAGAAGAUGUACCAAAGCUUCAGCCUCACCCUGGCCUGGAGAAGCAUGAAGACGAUGAGGAAGAAGAGGAGGAAAGUGAAGUAGGCGAGGAAGGUGGGAAGAAAAAGGUCCAGCCAGGUUCAAAGUACAGGGUCCAGUCAGGCCCCCGAACACCAAACCCCUACGCAGCAGACAACAGCAGCCUAAUGUUCCCCAUCCUGGUUGCGUUUGGAGUCUUCAUCCCGACGCUGUUCUGCCUCUGCCGGCUGUGAGCUGAAACUAACAGAGGGAGACACCAGCAGGCAAGAAUGUGGGAUAUUGAUGAAGAGAGAGAGAAGGGGAGAAAGGAGGAGAGGAGGUUAAGAUGACAACAGCAGCACAGGUAUAGGCAUACACACAGGAGGGAGAGCCAAAGGCUUGGGGAAAAUCACGACGGAGGACAAAAAGAGACAAGUUAUCGGAAAGCCACUGCCAGACGACGCAAACGCUGCUCUAUUAAGAAAAGGAGAUGUUGGAAGUGUAUUCUGCACGCUUCUUCGAAUGUGUUUCGCAUCCACCUCUGCUGACACUAUUUUGAACAAUCUUAGUCAUUUCCAUUUAAAAAGCUGGGCAGGAUUUACAGAAGCCAGCCUUCAUGCAGGAAGCCACAUUUCUGCAGCUCAGAAAUGCUCAGGAGUGACCGGUCUGGGCCAAUUUUCUAAACUAAACACAUUUGUUUUUGUAUGAGGUGUAGCACGGAAGCACACUCUCUCAAACUCCUGAAAAUGGUGCUGCUUAGAAAUUGGAUAUCUAGAAUAGAAAGUGUGAAUGAGAUGGUCUCUUUGAGAGGCUUCUGGUCCUCUACUUUGAAACGUUUGUUUUUGUUCAGAUCUAGCUGGCCUUCUGUUGACAUGCCGUCAUCUACCUGCCAUAAGAUGCUGAAAGAUGGAAGACAUUACGCUUGAACCAGCUCUGUAGCUGGCACUUCAUUUGCUGUCUGAGUCUGCUUGCCUUCACGUAAACGUAGGCUGGAUUUCACAAGUCUGUUAAAACACAUAAAAACAUCUUUGGAUUUUUCCCACCCUAUUCUGAUCCAUAGUUGUUUGAAAUAUCCAACCGGGAUAAUGAUUUUCCAUUUGAUUUCCAUUUGAUAUCCACUCCAAACGGGGAUCCAUCAAGUCAUCAUGUGGAACCUUUUAGAAACUAUUUGUAUUUACUCAAAGGCAAAGUUUAUGUGUGAAAUGCUGAAGCGGGAGAAAGGAUUGUACAGGUGCAUCUCAAUAAAUUAGAAUUCAUAGAAAACGAUAUGUAGUUCAGCAAUUCAGUUCAAAAAGUGAAACUCGUAUAGAUUCCUCACACACAGUGCUUUAUUUUAAAUCAUUUUUACUUAAUACAUGUCUCACAGCAUAUUAAAAACCCCAAAUUCUAUUUCAAUAUCACAUUAGAUCGAUAAAACCAUAUUUAAUACAGUGAUGCUGGCCUACUGAAAAAUAUGUCCACUGUGCAGAAUAUGCAUAAAUACUUAGUUUGGUCUCUUUUUGCAUAAAUUACUGCAUUAUUGCAGCAGGGCAUGGAGGCGAUCAGCCUGUUGCUCUGCUGGGGUGUUAUCGAAGCCCAGGUUGCUUUAAUAGCGAGAUUCAGCCCAUCUGCAUUGUUAGGUCUAGUGUCUCUAAUCCACUUCUUGACAUUAGUACAUCAAUUCUCUACAAGACUUGGAUCAGGCCAGUUUUCUAGCCAAUCAAACACAGGUUACUUUUGGCCGUGUGUGCUGGUGUCUGGUUCUGUUAGAAAAUCACAUCGGCAUCUCUAUAAAGCUUCUCAACAAAGGUAAGCAUGAAGUGGCCUAAAAUGUGCUGUUAGAUGAUUCGUGGACGUUGGACUUCAUUUAAUAAAAAUAAAAACCAAACUUGGACCAACACCAGCAGAUGAAAUGGCUCCCCUAAUCAUCAUCGACUGUGGAAAUGUGCAACUCUUCAAGCCACAAGCAUUGUGGCUCUUGAAGCAUCGACAGUCAAGUCAUUGUGAAUCCCCUCAAAACUCUUGAACUGUCGUUGCUUCACACUACUGUCAAAGAUGUGGUCAUCAGUGCUGCUUGUCUCUCUUUCUACCAUACUUUUUCCUUCUACGCAACUUUCCAUUAAUGUUUGGAUUCAACAAAUUUUUUAGCUAUGUUAUUUGGAGUGACCACCCUUCACGUUUGUGUAGGCCAAAAUGAGCCCAUUAAAAGGCUUUUUUUAAUUGUCCUUAUGUAAUGUUUUAAAUUCUGAGGAAAUUUAAUAUUGGGGUUUUCCUUAGCUGUUAACCAGAGAUGUCAAAAUAACAGAAACUUGAAAUGUAUCACUAUAUGAUGAAUCUAUAUAAACGCUUUUUUUUUUUUUUUUAAUUGCCCUGAUUAGAUAAAUAAAACUUUUUGAUUACUUCUAUUUAUUGAGAUGUACCUGUACAACUUUAUUUAGUGUUUGGUUUUCUUUAAUUCAUACUUUCAUUUGCAUGCCUGCCUUUUUGUUUCACCAAAGAGUGUCUGUUUUAUUCUUCUUUAGCAAAUAGAGAAACUGGCCUGAUUAAUUUCAACGAGUUGAACAAUCAGCUUAAAGAAUGCUCUUCAUCCAAAACAGCAAAUUAAGCAGAGUUGGACAUUUUUCCAACAUCUUCAAGAUGCAGAUUUAACUUGUUUUAUAUUUUUUUUCCAUUUAAAGCAGAGUAUUCUGUGUGCCAUGAACCCGUCCCUCCAUCGUAAUCUCCACGUUAGUGUUUUGUAAAAUUAAUGAUUAGAAUCUGUGCCAAUCAAUGCAUGUGUUUCAUACAUCCUUUAGGUUUCCUUGUUUGCACCGCAAAUCUGUACAUCUGCAUUCAAAUGUAAGAAAGCACAACAAAAGGAAAUAUGUUUACCAACUGCUCCACAUUCACUUUUUAAUUCUCCCCAUGCUUCCCUUUGGCCUUUUCAAGCUAUGUUGUCUUAAAUAUUUGUCUCAUGGGCUCCGCCAUUUCUUUCCAGGAUGGAUUUGUUAUGAAAGUCCACCUUGAUUAGUCUUAGUUUACGGAUGUCUGUUGGCUCCAUCUCCCCAUGUUGAAUGAAACACACCGUUUCCCAGUUUUUCGUUGAGUCCCUGUUGUUUAUGGAUCCAGUUACCUCCCUUAAGUGCUUUGCUCUUACUCCAAGGAUGACUUAGAAACUUUGCUUGUUUCACGAACGCGUCUUAAAUUCCCUUCGCUUCGUUUUCCACCUUCCCUCUGCUGUAAUGACGUUAAUAUUACUUAGGAAGGAAAAUAUUUCAGAUGUUAGGGAUCCUUUCGUCAGUCAGCGAUUCUCCUUUUUUUGUGGAUGCAUUUUUCAAGACGUUUGUGCCAUAAACUGUUCAGUCGUUUGCAGUUCUGCCUUUGUUGUUUUCACUGAAAUCAGAAGCACCUUUCUGUCUUCUGUAAAGAUGCCAGGCGUUUGAUUAAUUCAGCACCAAAGGCACUAUCGCCCUACUUCUGUUGGUCAACGCAGUCGCGUGUGUAUAUAUAUACGGUACAGAAACCAGUUUUUUUUCUCAUCGUUUUUGGGGUUUCUUUCAGGUUGUAGCCAAGGUGUUCAGGGGUUUAAAUUUGUGGCCUUUCUUUCUGGGGAGCAGUCGUUGUUGGUACAUGGUAUAAUAGGACAAAAUGACAAAAAGCCACAUUAACUGGCUGUUAGAGAGAAAAAUAAUGAUAAUGUUGCCUCUUUGAUUUCAUUAUAUAUAAUUUAAAUCAGAGCAGGGCUGACCUGGAGAUGUUUUAUGUUCUACCUGGAUUUGUUUGAUUUCUUUUUCCUCCUCAGGAUCUGUUUUGAGUUUGUGAAACAUAUUUUAUUGGUGUGACAUUUUGCACUGCCUUGUUUUUUUUUUUUUUUUUUUUUUUUUUUUUUUUUUUGUUGCCUUGAAUUAUUGAAUACAUUGUGCUUUACCAUCAUUCGCCUUGAUCUUGCUCUUUUAUUAGUUAUAGAAGAACAUUCUGGCUGCUUCGUUGAACAGUUUUCAGGGAUUCUCAUUCCACAUAAUGGCUCUUAUUAAGAAGCAGAUCAGCAGAAAUAUUACAUCUAAAGACUCACUGACCUCAAUUUUACUAGGAGCAAAGCCAGCCGAAACAAAUCCAUCCCCCUCUGAUUUUCAGGACCUGUUUGUCCAUCUCACAGCUGAAUGAACUAGACUGGAGUUGUUUUUUUUCUUGCCACACAAGAACCAAAGAAAUGCCAUCAGCCCAUCUAAUUUCUUUUUUACAGUCACCUAUGAUUAUUGUCCAUUAGAGAUGCACUGAUCUUGUUUUUCCACGUCGAUACUGAUUUCCAAAUUUUCUGUGAGGUCUGACCAGCCAGUCACAAUUUUGACUGAUUUCUAAUUUUUUUUUAUUUUGUUUUCUAAGGACUGAACCACAUAAGAGGAAAAAAGUGACUCAAACAGAAAAUUAUUAAAAACUACAGAAUUGCCAUUAUUUAUGCAUCAAAGCAUAGGACCAUAACCUUUAUUUGAGUUUUAUUAGACUUAAAAGGGUGGCAUCAAAGUGCAUGCUGUUGAUGCAUUUAUAGACUGAAAAUAGUGGGAGCUACUGGUUUUGAUGCUUUUAUACACCGAAAAUAGUGGGAGCUACUGGUUUUGAUGCAUUUAAUUAAUGAGGGGAAAUCAGAUUUUUUUUCGGAUCAGGGAAAAGUUAGAUUCAGAUCCCUGUUGGAUGAAUCGGUGCGUCUCUAUUUAAAUAAUUUUUUUCCUUUCAUCCUUUGUUCCACACCUGGAAAAAAACGUCCUCAGAUUUAACCCUAUUUCUCUUCCACAAAGACUUAAAAAGAUCCAGAGGAACAGUUAUUAAUAACAAAAAUGUUUCCUGGCAUUUCUGCUCUUAACCCCCACCCAUCUACCCCCAGAGUGCUGAAUGAAUUGGAUUCAUCUGCAGCGAGACACAGCUGAGAAGCAGAACAACUGGCUCAUCAGCCGCCUACAUACAAUCAGCAAGGUCUGCUGCCAGUUGUGUGCGAGAAUGAGUUUGUUUGCUUUACGCAUCGUGUCAUACUGUAGAUACACGUGUUGGAUAAAUGUCGGAGGCGGCAGGUUGACUGGGAAAUAUUUGUAAGAACGCUGAUCUUGUGAUGCAGAUGUGGCAUAUUUCAAGAUGCAAGAUGGGAAAAUUGCUGAUUUAUGGUGUAUCUUUUUAAUAAAUGUGCUAUUUUUAUCAGAA